GCUGGCGUCCCAACAUGGCGGCGGGCGGCGGCGGGCCGGUGGCGGUGCUGCUGGUGCUGCUGGCGGCGGCCGCGGCGCGGCUGUACCGGGCCGGGCAGGACCCGCUCACCGUGCUGACGGCCGGCUCGGUGCGCCGGGCGCUGCUCAACUCCUCGGCCGCAUGGCUGGUGCAGUUCUACAGCUCGUCCUGCGGCCACUGCAUCGCCUUCGCCCCCACCUGGCGGGCUCUGGCGGGGGACGUCAAAGACUGGGAAUCUGCAAUUAGACUUGGUGUGCUGGAUUGUGGGGAAGAAGAGAACUACGAGACGUGCAAAGAAUACGGUAUUCACUACUACCCAACGUUCAGGUUCUUCAAAGCAUUUACAAAGCAGUUUACUACUGGGGAAAAUUACAAAGGAGCAGAUCGAGAGCUGCAAACGGUGCGUCAGAUGAUGAUUGACUUCUUACAGAACCAUUCCCAAGAGCUGAGACCUCCUGCUUGCCCACCGCUAGAUCCCAUUCCGUCCAGUGAUAUCACUUCUCUUUUUGACAAGAGCAGCCAUCAUUAUACUGCCAUUGUGUUUGAAAGUAAUAACUCCUAUGUUGGACGAGAGGUUAUUUUAGACUUGAUCCAGUAUGAAAACAUUGUUGUAAAGAGAGCAUUGAAUUUUGAUAAGCCUUUUCUUGAGAAACUUGGUAUUACCUCGAUGCCUUCAUGCUACCUGAUGCACCCUAAUGGGUCCCAUGGAUUAAUUAACAGUUUGAAGCCUCUACGGUCUUUCUUUUCUUCGUAUUUAAAGUCACUGCCAGGUGUAAGAAAAAAACUUCUUUUGCCACUUCAGCUGCCUGUUCAAGAAAAUAAAGAGGAGAGUACAGAAACCAAGGUGUGGAAAGAGUUCGAUAAAGCUAAGCUGUACAUGGCUGACCUUGAAUCGGGAUUGCAUUACCUGCUCAGGGUAGAGCUUGCUACACACAAGACACUUGAGGGAGCUGAGCUAAAGACCUUCAAGGAUUUUGUUACUGUCUGUGCCAAGCUUUUUCCUGGCCGUCAGCCUGUGGUAAAGUUGUUAGAGACCUUGCAAGAGUGGCUGGUGAGCCUUCCAUUAGACAAAAUCCCUUAUGAUGCUAUCCUUGAUCUUGUCAACAACAAAAUGCGGAUUUCUGGGAUAUUUCUCACUAAGAAGGUUCAGUGGGUCGGGUGUCAGGGCAGCAGACCCGAGCUGCGGGGUUAUACCUGUUCCCUCUGGAAGCUGUUUCACACCCUCACUGUUCAAGCUGCGCUGCAACCAAAGGCUUUGGUAAAUACAGGUCUUGAAGACAAUCCUCAAAUAGUACUUCAGGUCAUGCGGAGAUACAUUCAGCACUUUUUUGGAUGCAAGGCUUGUGCUCAGCAUUUUGAAGAAAUGGCUAAAGAGUCCAUGGAUGCUGUUAAAACCUUGGACAAGGCUGUUCUCUGGCUCUGGGAGAAACACAACGUCGUGAAUAACAGGCUUGCAGGUGCUUUGACUGAAGAUCCAAAAUUUCCCAAAGUUCAGUGGCCAACUCCAGACAUUUGCCCUGCAUGUCAUGAAGAAAUCAAAGGAUUACACAGCUGGAAUGAAGCCCAAGUUCUACAGUUCAUGAAGUAUCACUACAGCAGUGAAAAUAUUCUAUAUAAAUAUGCUGGAAGCCAGACAGACUCCAGUGAAACUGAACAGGGGGAUACAAGGGAGGGAAAAGACAAAAGCCUACUGAAGAAACCAAGUGAAAACAGAGAAAAUAAGAUCCAGGAUAAAGAAAACAUACUAGAUUCAGAAUCUAAGGUGUUAGAUAAGCUAAUAGCAAAUCAUGGACCUGUCAAAGAUAGCGAUAAAAGCGCGGAUCGAUCAGCCACCCUUAAAGAGGCAAAGCAGGCCGUGUCCUUCCUGGGGAUUGGAUUUUCCAACAUAGACAUGAGUCUGUGUGUCAUUCUGUAUGUAGCCUCAUCCUUGUUUCUAAUGAUAAUGUACUUUUUUUUCCGAAUGAGAUCCAAACGGUGGAAAGUGAAGUAUUACCGGUCGUCUGUUUAGAAGGUUAAAUCGGAAACAACCUUUUCAUUGUACGUGGCUGUUCAGUACCAGAUACAGCUUUAAUAUUUAUGAUCAGGGAUUUUAUAUACAGUAUUCCUUGUUUCAAAACCCUUUCUUCCCAAGUCAUUUCACAAGUGUUCUAGCUUAAUAUAGGGAGCUCGCUGUAAGAACCCUCAUCGUUAAGAGGCACACAGUGCUAUCAUGAAAUGUCCACUGAAGGAAGCAUGGCAUUUGUCAGCUGAGAUUGUUCCGUGACUUGCCACCUCCAUCCUUUACUCAUUUUCAGAGUAAACACUGCAUUAUGCAAUCAGCUGCGCCUGCUUUAGAAGGAAAUUGGAUAUUGUUUUGUGUUCUUCAAGUCAGGUAGUUGUUGGGUUUAGGGUUUUUUAAUUUAUCCCGAGGUGAUUUUACCUCCCAGAGUACUGAACGGUGAUGCUGUUGUUUCGGCUGCUUCAUUUAGAGAAGCACAAAUUCAGAUUAAUUUUUUUUUUCAGGAAACAACUUCUAUUCUGAUUAAAUCAAUUCCAAACCCUCUGAUGUGACAUUCUGAAAUAUUAUUUACACUGCAUAGUUGAAGUGGAAAGCACUAUGUGUCCAAAUAAGUCUUCCAUUCUCUUGUGCAUUCCAGCCAAAGCUGCGUCUGUCUCUGCUAGGAUGGGAGUUUUAGGGCAGUUUGUAUCUCAAUAAGCAGCCUGAUUAUGAUUGCUAAUGCUGUCAUCGAGUUUAAGGGAGUUUAGAUGUAGGAAAAGACAGACUUGGACCCAAUGCUUCACUUCCUCCUCUAUCAAUCAGAUGUGUUAAUGGAGCACUAGAUAACUCGCCUCGCUCAUUUAUGAACCAGAAAAGUAGCUGAGCAGUUAUUGUGUUAUGCAAAUGGAAGCCAAUUCUGCUGAACUCUAGAAAAGGGAAACGGGUUUUAGUGAAGGACAGUGCAAUUUGCAUCAGCAGGAACAAAUUUACAGAUUGGGAAACACUGAGUUUCUUAUGAUGUUGGAUAACUCCAGUACAGUGGAGUAAACACUUCAGUUCUGAGCUCUCAGCAUCACCUGCUACCUGCAACAUUGUCUGUGCAGGACUUAGAACAGCCCAUUUCUCUUGCCCUUCUGCUGGAGCACUGCUCUGCUUGGGUCAGGAAGAGUUUUGCUCAGUCCAAGAGCUGCUCCAUUCUGGGAUUGGGCAGCAGUUGGGAAUAUGGCAGUUGCCUUUAUGGGGCUGUCUGAGGUCCUGGCUUACAGCAGUUAGAGAAACCAUGAACACAGUUAUAAAAUUACCAUUCAGAACAGGAGUUCCUUUCUGAUCCUGGCUGGGGGAUAAUUCACGUCCUGGAUAGUGAAGUUUAUAAUCCUAUCCAAUGUAAUUGAGCAUGCUGGAGUUAUCCAUUACCUAAUCUUUAGUUAAUCCUAAUAGGUUUUGGCCUCAAUGUUUUCUUGUGGCAGGGAGUUCUACAGAUUAAUUAUGUUAUAUAAAAAGGCUUUUCCUUUCAAUUCUAUAUUUGCAACUUUUAAUUUAAUUGAAUGUUUGCUGUCUCCCCUGUUACACAGAAGGAAUAAAUAGUCCUUGUCCACUUUGUUGUACUUACACUGUUAGUGUAUCCUCCUCAGAUUUCCAUCAUAAGCCUUAGUAUAGAAAGUUUAAAGCCUGGCAACAAGAAUGGCCUAAAAGCACAAAAACCCAACAGGGAGAUUUUUUCAUGAUUAAAUCUUGUUUGUUCACUGAACAUUUCUGCAGCUUCCAACUGGCAUAACAAAAGUGAGCUUCAAAGAUUUGCUGUCUCUUGUUCCUUAAGUUUCUCAACACACAAAGAAGUAACCUUCUGUGGUUAUUGUACACAUGUGUCAGAGGGAAAAACCAUCUCCUUUCACACAGUGCUGUUGGUGUGAUGUACAUGGUGAGGUGCAUGGUUGGUUCUGUUCUUAACCCAUCUUCACUGUUCAUUGUGUGCACCUGAUGGUUCUUGCUCUGAUGUAAGAAACUUGACUCCAGGUUCUCUCCAUGAGGCUGGAGGCCAGUUCCUGCUUCUCUUUUCCAGUGUCACUGACUUAAUGUCAAAAUGUGUCUGUGCUUUUUAAGGACCUUCACUGUUCCAGAGUCCUUGCUCCACAAGGAGCAACUGUGGGUCUCUUUAGGAAUUCAUAAGAAUCCCUGUAAUUACAACAUCUGGGUUUGGAUAUUAGAACAGUUUGUAGGUAACUAGACAGAGGAUGAAGUGAUGUUGGUCAGUGCCACUUGCUUUGUGCUGGAGUCCAGCGAGAGGGCCCAGAAGAGGCUUGUUCAGGGGAAAGCCCAGAGCUUCCAAAUAGAGUUUUGAAAAUCAGGCAACUUUUAAGUGGUCUAAUCUGGGGAGAUGCUGGUGUCAGCCAGCAAGCGAGGACAUGCAGCUUCUCAACCACCACCACAGUAAAAGCCCCCAGCCGCAGCACAGCCAGUAUUGGAUCUGAAAAUGGGUCCAUUUCUGUGGGAGUGUUGAAUUUCCUGCUGUCAGUGUUCUUGCAUGUUUUGAAGUUGAAAAUCAGUCAUUGCUGCUGUGGUUUAGAGCUCCACCAAGUACAUGAGCGUGUUGGCUUUGACUCGUUCUGCUGCUUUUCAUCUAUAUACAAACACAAAAUGUUUGCAGUGAUGGUUUUGCCAUUAAAACAGCAACAACUGUGGGUUUGGAAUAAAGUGGUGGGUUUUUUCACUUCACACAAUUACCUUUGAUGUUGCUGUCACCCUGCUGGAAAUGUGACAAAGUGAAUGGAUGCUCAGCCUGUCACUCAUUUGGGUUUGUUUCCUAAGAGUGUAAAAGUAUGAAAUUAGGAUGUUGGUGUCCAUGUUGGUGCUCUAACUCUAUUGCCAGUGAACUGGCCAAGGCAUUCACCUUACUGCUAGGAGUGACCUCAUCUGGAAAUGUCUUCUUGGUUUUGAUUCUGGUUGUGUGAGUCUUGGUUUACUUGUUCUUAUUUUCUGUCUUGUGGAUGUUGCGGCUGCCCCAGCCCUGGCAGUGUUCAAGGCCAGGUUGGACACAGGGGCUUGGAGCAACCUGCUCUAGUGGAAGGUGUCCCUGCCCAUGGCAGGGGGUUGGAACUGGAUGAGCUUUAAGGUCCCUUCAACCCAAACCAUCCUGUGAUUCUAUGAUCUUUAUAAUUUACAAAUUACACCCUUGUACAUACUCUGACUGUAAAGAUCUAUUGUGUCUGCUGGGGGAUGUGUGAUGCUGCUUUGGUGUGGUGAGUUAUCGGUGGGUGCGUUACAAGAAAGUGUUUCCUUUGUAAAAAUCACCUCAUGCCACCAUCUCCUCAGUGCUGGAGGUUGUAUUUGUGUAUUGGCUUGUUCUGCAGGAGUUUCUGCAAUCCCACUUCCAUAUGGGGAUCCUACCACGCUGGUGGCAGGUAAUUCCAAGAAGGGUUUCUUGGUCCUUUGUGCAUGGAGUCUUCUUUGCUCUUCAGAUGUUUUUAAAGAGGAAAUACUAAACCUGCCUGGAAAAUAAAAGGACGACUAUGGAAUGUGCCAGGAAAGAAAGAAAAGCUGCAAGUGCUAAAGAAACCCGAUGGAGCUAUUCCUGAGAACUCUCAAUUUUUAGCUGUUCCUGCUCAGAACUGGCUGGGAAUGACCCAUCUUGCCAAAAGGUCCCAGCUUGUGUUGUCCAGGUCUGUGUGCUGCAUCCGAGCUGUUGAAAAUAGUGAAUAUGCCAUUUCAGUAACUUAAAUGUUUUAUUUAUUUUAAUUCAGUAACUUGACAUUUUCAAGUCUCUUCUGGUUUGGUUGCUUGGUUUUUACUCAGUCUCAUACCUCUGUAGGAAGGAAAAGUGACCGUUUUGUACUAAACUGUAAACUAAUGUGCUUGUUUAAAAUAAAUUGCAACCAUUUGGCA